GCCUUGCUGCAUGCCGCCGGGGAGCGGAGGGGGACGAUGCGCGAGUACAAGGUGGUGGUCUUAGGGAGCGGCGGGGUCGGCAAGUCGGCUCUGACCGUCCAGUUCGUGACGGGCACCUUCAUCGAGAAGUACGACCCGACCAUCGAAGACUUCUACCGCAAAGAGAUCGAGGUGGACUCGUCCCCCUCCGUGCUGGAGAUCCUGGACACGGCCGGCACCGAGCAGUUCGCUUCUAUGCGGGACCUGUACAUCAAGAACGGUCAGGGCUUCAUCCUGGUCUACAGCAUGGUCAACCAGCAGAGCUUCCAGGACAUCAAGCCUAUGAGGGACCAGAUCAUCCGCGUCAAAAGAUAUGAAAAGGUGCCAGUAAUCUUGGUUGGCAACAAAGUUGACCUAGAAAGUGAACGUGAAGUGUCAUCUAGCGAGGGGCGCGCCUUGGCAGAAGACUGGGGAUGCCCAUUCAUGGAAACCUCAGCAAAGAGUAAAACAAUGGUGGAUGAGCUUUUUGCAGAGAUUGUUCGGCAAAUGAACUAUGCAGCCCAGCCUGAUAAAGAUGACCCUUGCUGUUCUGCGUGCAAUAUACAAUAGCGCUUUUAUGUAACUUAGGUAGACAUGACUAUAUUUUAGCACCAAUGGUUUAAAAAAGGUUGUUUUUUUUUCUGUGAUUUUCCCAAAGAGAAGCAUUGAGUGAAACCCUCGCACAAGUUGUGAAAAUUUGUCGAAAAUAAUAUUUUAAGAGUCACAAUUUGCUACAUUUCAAAUGUAACUUGUGGCAUUGUCUUUGUGGCCGUCACCUUUUUGCCACAUUACAGACUAGAGUAAAAUGUGGUGCCUUUCAUGUAAUAAAAAGAUACCACAACCUCACUAACUAGACUGAGAUUUCACCAGUGUUUUCAUAGUAUUCUUUACUUCCUGAACUGGACAGCGUUGGGCAGACAACUGGACAAGUUGAUGCCUGCUCUUCAAACAAAAAAAAACACCAACCACUCAAAUACCCCACAUAACAAGAAAUCUACAUGAACUCGGGGAGGCAGCUGGAUAUGUAUGAAGACAUGGAAAUGCACGCAGUCUUGUUUUGGAAAAUGAAGCCAUGUUUCAUCUAGAUUCGGGAGCAAGCUUUCCAUUUCUGCAUGCUUCCUAACAAUCAUUGGACCUCAAUAAACUCUUAAAAAAUGUUAUUGGCUUAUUUUACUUUAGCAUCAUAAUUAGACUAAAACAAAUGUCAGUCUAUUUUUCUUUUUUUUUUACUAAUGCUGAUAGGCUAUUGUGAAGUGAAUGUUGCUGUGACAAGGUGCUGAUGUCCUGGCAUUUAAUUUGAAUUGAACGAGAAUAUUUAUUUGCAUGGGCAGCUGUGCACAAAUGUGUCCAA